GUUUCACCUUAUCAGGACGAGGCGGCUCUGGCAAUAAUUGCCAGGGAGCGAGGCCGGUGAAAAACCAUGGCCAAAAUUCAAAGCUCCAAGUAUGUCUUCUGUUUAGUUUCUUCUUUGAUUCUGAAUCUCAUCUCCAUCAGAAAUCUGUAUGUGGGUAGUAACUGGAAUCUCAGUUGGAGCAGCAGAGCAGCAAGAGAAGCUGAGACUGUCGCUGCAAUCUCAUGUUCCGGCCAUGGUAGAGCUUACUUGGAUGGGAUUGUUGUCGACGGCGAACAACCAGUUUGCGAGUGUAAUUCUUGCUACUCCGGCCCUGACUGCUCUCAGCUUUUGCCUGAUUGUGCUGCUAACGCUAACGGUGGGGAUCCGUUGUUCUUGGAGCCUUUCUGGAUGCAAAAUGCAGCAAGCAGUGCAAUCCUAGUAGCAGGAUGGCACAGAAUGAGUUAUUCAUAUGCAGAUCUCUCUGUCAUCUCCCAAGAGCUUGAGAGGCACAUCCGAAAACUCCAUGCCGUUGUAGGAAAUGCAGUUACAGAAAAUAGAUUCAUCAUUUUUGGUGCCGGUUCAACCCAACUCCUUAAUGCUGCAGUCCAUGCCCUUUCUCCCGAUAACUCUUCCUCACCUGCAAAAGUUGUGGCUACAAUUCCUUUUUACCCGGUUUAUCAAAGGCAAACAGACUUUUUCCAAUCAGUCGAUUUUCAGUUCUAUGGAGAUACAUCUCUAUGGAAGAAUACUUCAGACACUGGGAAGAAUUUGAUUGAGUUUGUAACAGCACCAAACAACCCCGAUGGAAAGAUGAACAAGGCAGUUCUUCAGGGGCCAAAUGUCAAACAAAUUUAUGAUCAUGCUUAUUAUUGGCCUCAUUUUACACCAAUUUCAGCUCCUGCAGAUGGAGAUGUUAUGAUUUUCACACUCUCAAAGAUGACUGGCCAUGCUGGCUCCAGGCUUGGGUGGGCGUUGAUAAAGGAAGAGAAUGUGUAUGAAAGAAUGACAACUUAUAUGAGUUUUAACACCAUGGGGGUUUCUCGGGACAGUCAGCUAAGAGCCUUGAAGCUUGUGCAAGUAGUGCUGGAAAACAGAGGAAAGGAGAUAUUUGAAUUCGGAUACAAAACAAUGAGGAGCCGGUGGGAAAAGUUGAGCAAGAUUAUAUCACUAUCAAAGCGAUUUUCUCUCCAGGAAAUUGCUUCUCAGAAUUGCAAUUUCUUCCACAAAGUCAGGCCAGCUUCACCAGCUUAUGCAUGGUUGAGAUGUGAGAUGGAAGAAGACAAAGAUUGCUAUGAGGUUCUGAGAGGUGGAAACAUUGAAGGACGAGAAGGUAGCAAGUUUAGUGCAGAAGAUAGGCAUGUAAGGUUGAGCCUAAUCAGAGGCCAAGAUGAUUUUGAUAUGCUGCUGCUGAGAUUAAACAAAUUAAUCUCAGAGGAAGAUGGUGAUAAUUACAAAACUAUGUGAAGAAAAUUUGUGUGAACAGUUAUCAGUUGAUUUCAAGCUUCCUCUUGUACAAACAAGAAUAAAUUUGAAAGCUGGUCAUGUCUAUUGACCUACAUGCUUGUUAUAAAAUGUUUGUACUUUGCACUACAAUUAUAUAUUUCCGAUGCCACAUUACUGGGC